CGAAAUGUAGGUUAGGAUUCAAGCGUGUAAUUUAAACGUGCACCUUGAACUUUUUUACACUACAAUUGCUAUACAUAGCGUAUCAGUCAACAAUAUAGCACAGUUUGUGGUCGCCUGGAUUUUCAACUUUCCUCUGUUUAUAAAAGUGUAUUAUAAAAGAGCACCAUGGAAUCUAUCAUAAAAUUUCUUGUGAUAUAUGCAGUGUUUUUAAUUCAGAUGGUUCUUGGUUUUCCAUCUUGGAGCCUUUCAUCAAAUACAAACACAUUCGGAACAAAUUUUGAUUUGAUUUGUUCAUUGUCUGCCAAGGGGAGUACGGAUAACAGCCAAUCAAAGAGUGACGGUAGUAUUGACAUUCAUUCUCUAAACGGAGAACCUGUAAACAAUAUAGACAAAUUAGAAAAGCAGCAUACAGUACACCGGAUGUACACAUUAACCACUUCCGCUUACAAUAAGGAUGGAGACAAAGUGCAAUACGAGUGUCGCCAUGGCAACACCAGAUAUGAACAUGUGCUGAGUAUGACAAUAGUAUCAUUUGAGUAUACUGCCAACACCAAUAAUGUUCAUCAGGUGAUCAGCAAUGCAGAAGAUCUGUUUUCAAUUACAUUUAGAAAUUUUACACAGAUUCCUCAGUGUUCAGUGGUGUACGGGCAAGCAGACCAUUCAACAGAACUAAAAUCAACAUCUCAAGCACCAGGUCAAGCUUACAGAAUAUAUCUUCCCGCAACAGCCAUCAAAUCAAAGUGCCCGAAAGCACUGCAAGUCACGUGUAAUAUAGGAGAAAGCAGAAUAGUAAACACCUUACAACCAGCUAACGUGGAUUGUCUGCCAUACACAUUAAAACACACUCAACAAGGUCUUCAGGAACAAGAAAAAGACCAGACUGUUGGACUCAUUGGACUUGCAAUAUUUGUAAUAGUAUCAAUAGUUUUUGUUGGCGGUUUUAUUCUUGGCAUCGUCAUCAAGGAAUGUAAUCUGUGUAUUAGAUGAUUUAGAUAAUCAGAAAGUUAAUGAUCAUUCUAGGCAGCUUUUUUAAAUUGACAUUGUGUCUACAGUGAGACAAAUACUAUUACAAUAGAACAUUCAUUGAUAUACUAGUAAUGUAAUCGAACCUGAAUAAUUUGCAAAUCAUAGUACAUGUAAUAAGAACUAUAACAGAAUCAUUUACUUACAAAGGACACCUAACUUUCUGAUCAAACUUUUUAACUACUUAAAAAGUACUGAUGCAAUAAAUAGCUUAUCAAUUCGUGCAAAAAUUGAAACAUCUAAACUCCGUCCAUAUGUAAACGUAGCCAUGACACAUUAUCAUUAUCAUGUUUAGCUCAUCACUUGGCGUCAGUCGUCAUCGUCCUACGCCUGUUUGUCCGUCGUUGUAAACUUUUUUUUAUAUUCACCUCCGAAACAACUGGGCUAAAUGUUACCAAACUUGAUUUUAAUUUUCAUUACGCAAUCUUGUUUAAAGCUGUCUCCGGUUACUUGAUCUAUUAACAACAAUGUCACUACUGUUUCUAAAAAAAAGAACACGGGGGUUAAAUGCAGGUUUGGCAUAUAUCUGCAGUAAGAGAAAAAUUGACUGGGUUAAACAUGAUCAUUGCCCCUGAAAUGUUUAUUUUUAGGACAACUGACAUGAAGAAAAUGAUCAGCAGGUCAAGGUCUAUAUCCAGGAGAAUUCAGAAUAGUUUGAAAACCCAUUUUGAAGCAACUACAACAGAAAGAUCUACAAAUACAUGAACAUUGCCGAAAUUGUCAACUUAACACUUAUAGGAGUUAUUGGCGUUGAAUGAUAAUUUUUAAUUUUUUGUGAUUUUUUUGCGGAAACUAUGGUAGAAAGAGGGAAUACUUAAUAAAAAUAAGAUCAAAUUACGUCUGCAUGACCAAAAUUGUCAGUUGACUCUUUAUAGGAUUUUUUGUCCUUAACAGACGAUUUUUACCAAAAAAGUGCAGCAAAACAAGAUCUACGAAAUCGUCAAUUGAUCCCUUGUAGGAGUUAUUGCCCUUUUAAGGAGAUUGUUACCUUUUUUCAAUUUUGCAGAAACUAUCAUAGAUAGAACGACAGUGUUAUCGAGAAAAUGUUUAGCAGAGAAUCUACAAAUAUGUCAACAAUCACUGAAAUUAUCAAUUGACUCCUUAUGGGAGCUACUGCCCUUACAAAUCAAUUUUUACCAGUUUUUGUUUUUGCAGAAACUAUAAAUAUAGAUAGACAGAGCUAGUGUAACUGUUCAACAAAAUAAGAUCUACAAUAAGUCAAUAUUGCCGAAGUUAUGCCUUUUGUUUGUUAUCUCGAAAACCUUAACACAUAUAUUAAAACUGUGAACAGCAAAACUGAUCAACGAUACCAAGAUCUACAAAUAUGCAAAAAUUGCGUUGGAACAUUGUAACUCCUUAUAGAGGUUUUGGCAUUAACUGAAGAUUUUUUUUUCUUAUUUCUAGUUUUUAUCUUUUACCUCGAAUACUAUUAAAGAUAAGUUGAAACUAGAAACAGUCAAACUUUGCAGAUGAGCGAAUCAGGCUCUUAGAAUUUUCUCGUUAUUAUUACAUAAAUUGUUUUUUUUUAUUUCUUUUCUGGUAUCAGAUGUAAUAUAAAGGAAAUAGAAAAUAAAAAAAUAGAAAUAAAUCAACGAAUGUCACAGGUAAUGUUUCAAAUGGAAAGCUAAAAUCAUUAACGAAAAAGGAGAAUACUGAAAAUAGUCAGCAAGUCAGGAAAAAUUCAUGAUGAUCUACAAAUACAAUGUAUAAAGAUUUAAUAAAAUUGUGUCAGCUUAACUCGUACCUGCGACAAUAAAAAUAAGUUUGGUUCUAUGAUUUUAUUAAAUUUCAUGUUUUAAGAGUUUUCAAAUAAAAUAUAAGGUAGAGGUAUGAUUUCUUGUUAGAUUUGGUCAUUAACGCAACAAGAUUUCAUUCAAGUGCAAACUUAAAAUCACUACCAUUUUUAGCUCACCUGGCCCUUUUGGGCCAGGUGAGCUUUUCUCAUCAUUUGGCGUCCGUCGUCCGUCGUCGUCCGUUAACUUUUACAAAAAUCUUCUCCUCUGAAACUACAUUUUGUUGUACUAAGCCAAAUAAAACCAAACUCUGGCCUGAAAUUUUCAGACGCAUAAGACAACUCGUUUUGGGUUGCUGCCCCUGAAUCGGUAAUUUUAAGGAAAUUUUUCAGUUUUUGGUUAUUAUCUUGAAUAUUAAUAUAGAUAGAGAUACAUUUGUAAACUGUAAACAGCAAUAAUAUUCAGCAAAGUAAGAUCUACAAAUAAGUCAACAUGACCCAAAUGGUCAAUUGACCCAUUAAGGAUUAAAAUUAUUGCCCUUUAUAGUCAAUUUUUAACAAUUUUUUGUAAAUUUACAAAAAUUUUCUCCUCUGAAAUUACUGAGAUAAAUUUAAGCAAACUUGACCACAAUCGUCAUUAGGGUAUCUAGCAUAAAAAUGUGUCCGAUGACCCAGCCUACCUACCAACAUGGCCGACAUGGCUAAAAAUAGAACAUAGGGGCAAAAUGUAUGUUUUGCCUAUUGUUUUUUGAACCGUUAUAAAUAGAGAAAAUCUGAAAGGAGCAAAAAUGUUCAAAAUAAUGAGCUCUACCAAUUGUCCAUAUACGUCAAAACUGUUAGACAAAUUCUAAUAGGAGUUAUUGCCCAUAAAUGACAAAUUUCACAUUUUUUUUUCACUUUUGCCUUCUAUCAUAAAAACUGAUAUCUAGAGAGAAACAUUUUUUCCGUUACUAGUAUGCCAUAUAUGAUUUAAAUUAUAAUAGAUAAAUAGACACUUUAUAUCACAAAAAUGAUCAGCAAAGCAAGAUCUAUUAAAAAGUCAAAUUUUAACGAUAUAGUUAGUAGACUGUCACUCUUCUAAGGAGUGAUUGCCCUUAAAUUAGGAUUUAUUUUACCCUCUACUGUGAUUUGAGCAAAAACUAAAGAAGAUAGAGAGACACUUAACAGACUAAAAGAUCAGUAAUACAAGAUCAACAAAAUAGAGAUUUUUGUCAUGAAUUCUAUUCUCGUCUACAAUGUUGGAGAGUGUCCUUUGUUGAAUAUGCACAUAGACCAAGGUGAGCGACACAGGCUCUUUAGAGCCUCUAGUUUUCCAAUUUAAUAAACAGACUUUAAAAGGUCUACUGUCUCCGA